GUCGCAGAUUGCCCCAUUGAGAUCACGUGACGUGAAUGUCUGCAAGUACUUUGUACUUAGAUUAAAUGAUGAUCUAGCCUGGUCGGAAUUAUCGGGCGUUCCAAAGGUGCGCAGGAAGAUAGUCUGAAGAUAGAACACCAAGCAUUCCGAGUCUGUACCGAAUGCUUGUAGGUAUCUGAGUACUUACCUACCUACCUAUAUACAGAGUACAUAUAGGUACCUACUUUGGUACAUAUAUACAUGUAUGUAGUAGACUACAUAGACAGACCACUUGCAACCAGUCAGGUACUGUCUCCACCCCAUUCUCUCCGCAACAGCCUGCAUUCAAUCCUUUAUUCAUUCAAUCACUCACCCACUCACUCACUCACUUCUUCAUUCUUGCUACUACUCUACUCUUACUUACUGUCCGAUCUUUCUUGUAUUCUCCUUGUGUAACAAUUGAACCAAUUAUCAUUCAGCGCCUCUCCUAGGAUGAGCGCUUCCGCCAGAGCUGCCCAACGGGCCGUGAUAGUAAACCCCUUUGCAGGCCGGAUUGCGACACGGCCUGGGCUCGGUCUUCCCGCUUCCUACCUCGGACGUCAAUCCCGACAGUUGCCUCUCGACGUGCCUACCCGCGCUCUCCUGAUUCCGCUUCGAAGCAUAGCAACCGAGCGACAUUCAGUCGGCGGGCAUGGUGGUCCUCCUCCAGGAUUCAACGCAGAGGAGGCCAAGAAGCCACUCCCUAAAUCAGCAUCACCAGCGGCAACCAAGGAAACACGAGACCAGAAACCAGCAGUCUCUGAGAAGGCCGCUGCUACCGCCACAGAGCCUAACCAACCCUCCAUAAGUGAAUCCUCCGCUGAGCCUAGGUCCUUGACCGAACUAGCUGCCAAGAAAGAGCAAGAUGUCGAAAAGAAGGAAGGAAAGCAGGAAAAGAAGCUCACUCUGGGCCAACGGAUAAAGCACGAGAUCCAGCAUUACUGGGAUGGCACAAAGCUGCUAGCUACAGAGAUCAAAAUCAGCAGCCGGCUAGCGCUGAAGAUGGCAGCCGGUUACGAGUUGACUCGCCGAGAGAACCGUCAACUCCGGCGGACAGUUCAAGACCUUGGUCGUCUUGUUCCUUUCUCCGUUUUCAUCAUCGUCCCUUUCGCUGAGGCUCUUCUGCCUGUUGCUCUCAAACUGUUCCCUAAUUUACUUCCGAGUACGUAUGAAGGUCAGCAAUCCAAGGACAAGAAAGCUGCGACUCUCAGAGCUACCCGUAAGGAGGUCAGCUCUUUCUUACGCGAAACCAUGAAGGAGACUGGAUUGCCGCUGUCUCCUGCUACAACGCAAAAGGAGGAAUUCGCUACAUUCUUCCGUAAAUUGCGAGCAACUGGGGAGACCCCUAGUACAGAUGAUGUCAUCAAGGUCUGUCAGGCUUUCAAAGAUGACCUCACACUUGACAAUCUUUCACGACCACAGCUCGUAUCUAUGUGCCGUUAUCUAAAUCUCAACACUUUUGGCACAGACACCAUGCUCAGAUAUCAAGUUCGCCACCGGAUGCGUCAAAUCAAGCGAGAUGACAAGGCGAUCAGCUUUGAAGGUGUCGAUAGUCUCAACGUUUCGGAGCUCCAGACAGCGUGUGCCAGCCGUGGUAUCAAAACACACACAGUUUCCCCAAGCAGACUGCGAGAGGAUCUUCAGUCCUGGCUCGAUUUGCGGCUAAAACAUAAAGUACCUUCUACGCUCCUAGUUUUGAGCAAUGCUUAUAUGUACGGCCAGCAGUCCGAGCGCGGUGGUUUCCACAGCCAAAUUGAAGCAUUGACUGGUGUGCUCUCCUCAAUUCCUGAAGAGCUGUACCACGAGAUAGAGCUCGAGGUACACAACGCAGAAGGUGCUGCCACCAACAAACAACGUCUUGAUGUUCUCAAAGAGCAACAGGAACUCAUUGAAGAAGAAAACAACCAAGAGCAGGAAAGUCAAGACACAGGAUUUGCCACACCCAAGGACGUGGAGGACAUCGAUGAAAAAGAAGAUCGUCAGCUCGCUGCUUUGGAGCAGGGUCUUGACAAAGAAGUAGUGGGCGAGGCUGCAGAUGCGGAGGCUGACCAUGCCCAGCAAGCGAAACAAAACCAUGCCAAGUCUCCAACACAGGUGGAGGCAAAAAAACAGGAGAAUUAACGACCAACGCCUCUCAUGAAUAGUUAUAUUUUGAACUUGUAUUAUACCACGAGUAUGUCACUUCUCAUUUGUAAUAUCAUUGGCAAUCAAAUGCUAGUGUACCAAAGCGGAACAGGGAGAAGGUAUCUUCUAGGAGUAGCGGUAUGGGAAUAUAGAUAGAGAGACCACGGCCAUCGUGCAAUUGACGAUACAAUAGAUUUGGAUUAUGAGCUUGUAAAUAACGCAAAUAAAUUGCUCUUGUAAACAGACCCAACGUCAGAACGUCAGAUACCAACAAGAGAAUGCUUAACAUAGAA